UUUUCAGUAUUGUUACUAAAGAUUUCAAUAGUAAAUUUUCGAGUUUGUUUAUGCAAGUGGCACUCAUUAUAUAUUUGUUGCCCUCUUGAAAACAAUUUGCCUGAUUCUCUCCUAGCAUUUAGAAUGAAAACCCCAUCAAAUGCUUGUGCCAUCACUCAUGAGUGGGUGGAAUUUGUUGUGCAGCAAUAUGAAGCCAAAAAAACACAACCAAAUAUCUCCAUUAAACUCACAUCCUUCAAUGUUGCUCAGGCUACCAAGCCAGGAGAGAGCUUCAAUGCAGAAUUGGUGCUGCUGACUGCCAGUGCUGAGCUACACCAACAAAGCAAUGACAGUGAAAGCUCACCACCACUGAAGAAAGACUACAGUUUUAUUGUGAAAUUUUUAAGUCUUGAUCCAUUCAGCCGGGAACUCAUAAAGAUUGCUAAGUAUCAUGUGAGAGAAUUGAUGAUGUAUUCUAAUGUAGUUAGUGAUCUCAACUCUCACUGGCUAGCCAAUGCUGUGAACCAAGAUGAAGAUCAAAGAUUAUGUGUGCCUGAGUAUAUUUAUGGAAUUUGCAAUGCUUCAGAGUAUGUUCUUGUGAUGGAGAACUGCAAAGCCAACAGAUUUGAAUUGAAAGAUAAAACUCAAGGCCUUGACCUGGAACACACAAUGCUGGCUGUUCAGCAUAUUGCAAGGCUGCAUGCGCUCUCACGUUCAUAUAGUUUGAGCUCUGAUUUGUGCAAAGAGUAUCCUAUGUUCAAGUUUGAUCCUGUUGUCAGCAGUCUUUUUAAGCCUGUUGUCAUCACAGCAAUUGAAAAUGCCAUUAAAUACUUGAGAACCUUACCAGAACACAAGGAAAUUUUGGCCAAGCUAGAAAAGGGCCGACAUGGCCUCAGUCAGAAGUAUCAGAGGAUGUGGGAUGAUCAAAGUAGACAUCAAAUGUUGUGCCUUACUCAUGGCGAUUACUGGAUCAACAAUCUGCUGUUUCGCUAUAAUCUUAAUGAAGAAGAUGGCCAACAUAAAUUAGAAGACAUCAAGUUGAUAGAUUGGCAGAUAGCUCAGUGGAGCAAUCCAGUCUUUGAUCUUCAUUAUUUACUGAACACUUCAACAACUGCAGCUCUACGUGAAAACCACCUCAAUGCUAUUUUGCGGCAUUAUCACACAACUUUCAUGAGCAUCUCGGACAACUUGAAGACUCCUGUGCCGGAUUGGAACUUUGAGCAGUUCAUGGCUGAAUUUGGCCGCACUUCCUUAGUGGGCUUCCUGAUGGGCAUGUGCUUAAUCCAAGGCACUCUUAGCAAAGCUGGUGAAAAAAUCAACCCCAAUGCUGGCAGUUCUUCUGGACGACCUGGGAGAUCAUUGACUGGCAAAUUCAAAAGUGUUGCUGCCAAAGUCAUAGUUCCUGUUGCGGUAAGACCAUCAUCUCAGUUCAUCAUCAAGAUGGCAAUUAAGAAGAUGCUGUCACCCAUCGCACAAGAACUAAUUGAAGGCAAGAAUACGAUAAUGAAUGAUAGGUUCAUGGAACUCUUGCUGGAAGCUGAGAAGAAAGGCUUGCUUGAUGUGUUGAGCAUGUAAAGCCAAAUCGUUGACCGAUUUCAUUUUUGUAGCUACGUUAUGUAGCACUGAACUAUUGUAAUAUAAUGACUAUUUUUAGUGCAAAGAUGUUUGAGGAGUCGAGGUUGUUGAUUCCUUCUACUCGUUAGCAUAAUUAUUCUUUAUAUUGUUUACCACAAUAGUUGCCAAAGCAGAAUAUAGGGAUGCUUACUAAUUGCCCACAGGGAUUUUCUGUGCCUUAUGAUAACUGAUGGACAUUUACCCAUGGUAAUUGAGAAAUAAUGAAAGGAUGAAUAAUGUUAAGCUAUGUUGUUUAAUAAAUGAUGAAAGGAUAUUCAUGAUUGUUCAUUGCUUCACAUUUCUUUGGAAAAUUUAAUGUAUGUAAUUGAGGCUUUAUUUUUAUCUGUGCCUAUCUCUUCUUAUUGUUUAUUUUUUAUUUUUUUUAGAUCACAAUACCUGUUCCAAAAUAGGAGUUAAUUUUUUUUAAUAAUGAACUGUUAUGCAUACCUAGUUAGGAUCAUUGAGUAAAAAGUGUUUGUUAAUUUAGACUUCUUAUUAGUGGUGUAGCUUGCUGGCAUAUUUAUAUGACUCAAGCCUCCUCUACUCCAACUCAAAUGCUCUCUCAACUAUCUUCCUGUGGCAAUACUU